AUGGAACCCCUACCCAUCAACGCACAGCUGCGCACCGACGAGCCGAUUGAAUGUUGGGAUGAUGACGACGACUUGCAGUUCAGCGAGGACAUCCACUUUCGUACUGCAUCCAGCGCGGGUUCCAUAACAAAUUCAUCAUUUCGACCCUCCGGGCAUCGUGAUUCCAUCUCUUCUCGACGUUCGGCUCGCUCAGAUAUUGACUCCACUGCGGGCGACGAGGACUGGCAGGUCCCGCUCUACGAUAACGAUGAGUUUGCGAAAGAAGAUGCCAUUGCUUCAGCGAAAACCGCGGGAAUACCUAUUCCCCUAGAUAUUCCUAAGUCGGCUCUUAUCGGGGGCACAAUCAAGCGCCUUUCAAUUCGAAAGAGCAAGCAUACUUUUGUCGACGACUGGUCGGAAGAUGUUGAGCUCCCGGACCCUGAAACUGUGCUACAACUCAGAAGGCGAGAAACAGUGUUCCCUGAUACUAUUAGACACCUCAGCUCUGCGGCUACUAGUCCAGUGAAAUCCACGGCCUCGCCGUCUUGGGAUGAAGAGUUAUCGACACACUUGCAAUCGGGGCCGAGACCAUCUGACGCCUCCCCGAAUGAAAGUGAUGGUCUGGAUUAUCGAAAUGUCCCAACACUCAAAGCCCCAAAUCCUCGAUCUCCAAAGAAGUUAAGCACCGCCAAUGUCGGCAGUGGCUACAAUAUUGAACAGGAAACAGACGACGACUUCAACCAAGAUUUCGAGCUUCCCGCAAAUAAUCAGCCGCUUGAAUUAUCCCAUCGGAAAGAUAACUUCUAUGUAUCUAGCCCCACGUUGGAAGACUUUGAUCUUGAAUGGUCCGAAGGAAGCAUUGGUGUACGAGUUGGUGGUACUGGGAGAGAUGGUCGUUCUGUUCCCAGUUCUUCUAUAUCCAUCACUAGCCCCAGUGUUUCAAGUUGUCUCACUGCGGAAAGUGAAGACGAUGGCCUUGAUGGUCUCGUAAUCCCCGAAGGUCCUGUUGAUUUUACUGCUUCCCUUCAGAAGCGACAGACGACGCAAGUUGAAAAUGCCGACACUGAAGAGCACCAGGGAUCUCGGGUUCCCUCUGACGCCGACGACUUUUUCUCUGGGAUUGAUAUCGACAACGAGAAGGCAUUUUCCUUCGGACAGCCGGCUCUGAAUCCCAAUAUCAAGUGCAAGACCGAGCGGCCAUCUAGCCCGACUCGUCGACCCGCAACAACCCUCACGUUCACUAGUACGACAGGAUCCCCACGGACUCGCAUCCCACGCUUGUCUGGUCAUGAUCGAACUCAUUCAACUCACCUCGAGACCGUGUCGGAAAGUGGUGCUCCCCUUUCCAAAUUCCGAACAUCACAGUCGCGUCUGGGGCAUUCGUCUCAAUCGUCAACUUCAAGUCUCCCGACUUCCGGCCCUAAUCCGCCAUCCCCGACUCCUGCGCUUUCUGGUCGACGUCUUCUCGGAUCUCGAAAUCCUAGAGACACUGCCUCGGCCGGCGAGGGCAACUCUUCGACUAGGAGAUUGAAACCCAAACGAUCCCUGCCAUCGAUUCGUGGCGUAGGGUCGGUCCCUUCAGUUCCCACUUCCCAGCGAUCACUGGCCGAUCGUUCAGUUCCCCUUCCCACUGCUAGACCCAAGACACCGGUGAACCGCCCUGACGGAAGAUCUCAGGGUCGCUGGGCACAGCCACAGAUGCCAUUUAUGCCCGCUGGUAUUUCGGAAACACAAUCACAUCAUGUCAGCGUGAAGGGGUAUCGCUCGUCACGUCGCACCAAUUCAGACAGCUCGGGCGAUUUUCUAAGUCCACAGGGCCCAAUUUCUCGGCUCUCGCGAUCGACUCGCAACGAACCCUGCCGUGCUGGGUUUAGCGAUGCCAACGCAAGUCCUCUUACUUCUUCCACCAAACGGGCGAUCACACGACCCACCAAAAGACGAAAUUUCGGGGAUGGGACGGAGUUGGAGCCCUUUGAUGACUUGUCCACAUCGGCUUUAGCUGAAAGCAAAUUCGUGAAAACUCCAACCGGUCGUGGUGCUCCGAAAUCCAUCCGUGCCCGGCUUAGCCAAAGCCGAAUCGACCCUUCACCCGAUGUAUCACCUCAAUCUUUCACAUCUCCAUACUCGAAAUUGCCCAGUCCGACACCUAGGUUUGCCCGAGACACAAAUGCCUCGAGGAAUGCAAGAGAACAACGCAUUGCGUCCAUGACGAUGAACUCCAAGGGUCGUGAUCCCAAUUCUCAUUCUUCCAACUCCAAUUGGAAGCCCUCGCCCGUUUCGAGAAUUCCUCCAGCCUCCGCCACAAUAAGAAGCCGGAAGGGUAAACCGAAUGCCAAAUCCACGUCCAAGCCGCACUUGAUCAAGCCAAUGGGGACUGGCGUGCAGGAUGCUAAAUCUGUGGGAGGUAUGCGUUACAACCCUACAAACUUUCGGUGGGAAGGGAACGAGAACGUAAUGCACGAAUUCGAUACCGUCCCAAGAUCACCCAAGCCUGCCCCAGCACUUAUUACCAACGUGGGGACGACACAGAACGUUCAGACCGUAGGCGGAAUGAUCUUCGAUCCACAUCGUAUGUGCUGGCUGAAGGCUGCAUCCCUUGAACCUGGUGCAGACGAAGACGAUGUGUUUGCUGGCCUAGAUGAUUUGGAUGACGAGUUUACUCAUAGCACCAUCCAAGGAAGAAAGUCUGGGCCUUUGGAGGACCAAUUCCCCGCACUAGGGGACGAUGCCAGUAUUGGGGAGUCUUCUGAUGAAGGACCUAUGACCGAAGAAUUCGAUGUCGGACCCGAGUUCAUUCGACGACAGCGAGCCGAGGAAGACAAGUGGCGACGCAAGGUUGAUAAAUGGGUUGGCCCUGAGCGAGGAGAUGCGGACAAAAACCAUUGGAGAUGGAUCAUCCGCGAUCUAGUGGCCUUUGACCAUGGAGGAUCAGCUUAG